AUGAAAACUAAAGAAAUGUUUCUAUUCACAGCAUUCCUCCUCACGUGCAUAUCAAGCUUGAAUUGUCUUGAUAAUGUUCCACCAGAAAUUACGCGGCUAAAUUUUUUUGAUACUGACCUUCUUCGAUAUGUUGCCGAGGAUAAGACGGGCAAUGUGAUGGUUUCACCGGCCAGUAUCAAGUCUGUCCUAGCUAUGAUUUUAGAAGGCACUGAUGGAAAUACUGAAGCAGAAAUCAGGAGUGCUUUAAGAUUGUCGCCGUAUAAAGAUGAACUUAGAGAACAACUAAAUUUAUAUUUGGCAGCACUGAAUGCAAACACUACAGGAGUAUCUCUUCAAAAUGCAAAUAUUGUAUUUGUAUCAAAGAGGUUGAAACUUAAAAAAGAGUAUGAGCAGAUAGUACGCAAAGUCUACUACUCCGAAAUCGGGACAACUGAUUUCGAAGAUACUUCCUCAGCGGCCUCUGAGAUAAAUAAUUGGAUUAAUUUCCACACUAAAGGGCUUAUAACAAACCUUGUUCAGUCUUCUGACAUCAACCCAUCUUCGGACUCUAUGUUUAUAAACGCUCUAUAUUUCAAAGGAUCCUGGCGUCACGCAUUCAACCCUAAGCAUACACGACCGGGUUGCUUUUAUAAACAACGAACCUGUCAUAAAGUAGCAAUGAUGGAACUACAUAAAGACCUGAACUAUGCGUUUGUGGACAAUUUGAGAGCACACGCCUUGGAACUUCCGUAUGAGGGUAAUCGUUACUCAAUGAUUAUUUUGGUUCCGCAAGAUCAUGAUGGCAUUUACACUCUUAUCCGAGAUUUACCAUACAUGAGUCUGCCUCAAAUAGGCCAGCUUUUGCAACCUGCGAGUGUUCGUCUGACCAUGCCCAAGUUUACUGUUGACUACAGUGCUAGCAUGGUAGAACCUUUACGUAAAAUGCGAAUAAAUAGCUUAUUCACCAAGGAAGCUAACAUCACUGGGAUGUUUGAAAACGAAGCCUCACAAGUGAACAAUAUUCUGCACAAAGUCUACAUGUCAGUGGACGAGAUUGGUACAGUUGCGGCUGCUGCAACAGCUGCUCUGGUCAUACCUCUUAUUGAAGAUGGUAUUCAAUUACGUGUGGAUAGACCAUUUGUUUUCGUUAUUCGAGACAAUCAAUUAGGAUUGAGUCUAUUUGAAGGGAAAAUUGAGGAGCCUACUGUUAUACUCGAUGACAACGUUUUAGUUAAUCAAAAAAAACAAAAUGUAGAUGCUGUUCACCGUAAUUGGCAAGUGCGGCAAUAUGUU